AAAAAAAAAAAUCGGAAAUCCAAGCGAGUUUUAAUUUGAACUUCAAUUUCGAAGAUGAAAAUGGCGGGCUGAUCUUUACUUUCUCUCUCCUCUUUCCUGUCAUGGCUACCUUGCAGACGAGAGCAGAAGUUACAGUGCGUUCGAAAUUGUCGGAGUUGCGAAAAGUAUGCGACAAAAAAAUUGAAACUCAUCAGCAAAAAAUCGACUCAUCUUUUGAAACUUUCGGAAAUUUUCUACAAUCUCAUAGAUAUAAAGCUCAGAUUACUGCUCAAAAUCAAGUGAAAUUGGGGAAACUCAAAGUUGAAUUAAGAGAAUUGGAGGAUGAAUUGGUUAGAGCUUUGGCAGUUAAAACGCGGAGGGAGGCCAAAAGGAUUGCAGUAAUGGACUCUCUUUCAGAAACAAGAGUAAAAGUGGAUGAGCUUCAGAAAAUUGUACGAGAUCAAGCUGCCAGAAAAGAUGAAUAUGCAGCCAUCUUAUCUGAACAGUCCAAAACUCUUGCUGAAUCUGAAGAGAAAAGUCACGAAGCUUUGAGGAAUAGAGAAGAAAUACAAGAAGCAUUUAUAUGGUACAACAGGGUACUCGGUUUCCGUAUUGAUGGGGGACAUGGUGUAACAUUCACAUUUACUAACAUCAAUAAAAUAUGUCCAUCUGAGGAGUAUUCUUUCACUGUUCGCCAUGCGAAUGAAACAUAUACUCUGCUUGAUUGUAAGCCACUCUUAAGUGACAUGGAAGAUCUGGUCCUUGAGUUAAACAAAAGCAAUGGCUUAUUCAGAUUUGUUAGAAUUAUGAGAGGAAAAUUUCAAGCUGCAGCAUCAGGGUCUAUGUCGGACUUCAUAUAUCAAGAUCAAGAUUGUACCAGUAUAUCUUUAUCUGCCCCAUUUUCCUCAGUUUCAACUGAUAGCAAAAGUAAAUCACCACUUCCUCUUAGAGAAGUCAACAGAAAUAUUAAGGCCAAUCAUGGGCAAGGCUCUAAAUCACCUCAUCUCUUCGCAUCUCCUCGACGUUCGCCUCGUCUUCUGGUAAAGAAACAGAGAGAAGGUUGAAGAUGUUAAGAGUGCCCAGAAAGUUGUGAAAAUGUAAUUUCCGGAAAGUAAACAUCAAUUACUAUCUGGACACGUCAAUCGUAACAUUUGAAGAUGGGUUCUGGACGAGUUUAGUAAAUUCCAGUCUAAUUUUACUAGGAUUAGUAUUUUUCUUUUUCCAAAUGUUUUCUUGAAUCUUAAAAAUUGUAUUCUUUCGUCUGUAAAGUGGAAACUACUGCUGCUGCUUUGAUGGGGGCUUGUAAGUUGAGUUCCAUCUGGUGUAAAUUAUGGUUAUAUGAUGAACUUUGUGUUCGUUUGCA